AGAGAGAAGGGGGGUCCAGUCUCCCCUAGCCGACGACUUUUUUUUAGAAGUCCUAGGACUAGUCUCCAGGACCAGGACUCUUCUCCCAGACCUUAGGGUCCUGCUCAGCCAAAGUCCCCCUGCCUCUCACAUCCUGUCUCUCUGGGUGACUCUGGCUCAGUCUCUAUCCCUUUAUCUUGACCAUUCUCCGGCCCUUGGUCUCUAACCACUGUCUUAUCUCUGGGUCUCUCAGACUGGUGAGUGGGGGUAAUGGAGGUGAUGAUGGCAGACCUAGGGACAGAUGUGGGACAGAACAACUAAUUGUGAGGGGUUUGUCAUUUACAAAAGGGAGUGAGAGCAUAGCUAUCUCCCCCACCCCAAUCUGGGUCUCUCAGGCUGCGCUUCUUUGACACUGUCUCCGCCCUUAUUUAGUGUUUCUCACGAUGUCUCUUAGCCCCUGAGGCGCUCUCUAUUGCUCAUACUGUCUCUGUCCCUGGUCUGACUGUCUUCCUUUCAUGACUUCUCUCUCUCUCUGACUCUGGGCCUUGCUCAAUCUGUUUCUCUCACACAUACUUUCUCUCUGGGGCACCCAGGCCUUCCCUGCCAUGCGACUUGUCAGUGUCUGGCAGUGGAGCCCGUGGGGGCUGCGGCUGUGCCUGCUGUGCAGCUUGUGCUUGGGGUCCCCGUCCCCUUCCACGGACCCUGAGAAGAGGGCCGGAAGCCAGGGAUUGCGGUUCCGGCUGGCUGGCUUCCCCAGGAAGCCCUACGAGGGCCGCGUGGAAAUACAGCGAGCUGGUGAAUGGGGCACCAUCUGCGAUGAUGACUUCACACUGCAGGCUGCCCACGUCCUCUGCCGAGAGCUGGGCUUUACAGAGGCCACAGGCUGGACUCACAGUGCCAAAUACGGCCCUGGAACAGGCCGCAUUUGGCUGGACAACUUGAGCUGCACUGGGACUGAGAAGAGUGUGACUGAAUGUGCCUCCCGGGGCUGGGGGAACAGUGACUGUACCCAUGAUGAGGAUGCUGGGGUCAUCUGCAAGGACCAGCGCCUCCCAGGCUUCAAGGACUCCAAUGUCAUCGAGGUAGAGCAUAACCCGCAAGUGGAGGAAGUGCGACUGCGACCCGGAGUCGGGUGGGGCAGGCGGCCCCUGCCAGUGACUGAGGGGCUGGUUGAGGUCAAGCUUCCCGACGGCUGGUCGCAAGUGUGUGACAAAGGCUGGAGCGCCCACAACAGCCACGUGGUCUGCGGGAUGCUCGGCUUCCCUAGCGAAAAGAGGGUCAACACGGCCUUCUACAGAAAGUUGAGGAAGCGAGCAGCCAAAGCCUCAGCCCGACGCCCCAAGCCCCUUGGAAGACCAAUCACCAAGCUUAAAGUCAGACCCAAACCCCGAGUGGGCAGGGGGCCAAUCAAGAGGCUGCUGGCCCAGCGGCAGCAACACUCCUUUGGUCUGCAUGGGGUGGCGUGCGUGGGCACGGAGGCCCACCUCUCCCUCUGUUCCCUGGAGUUCUAUCGUGCCAAUGACACCGCCAGGUGCCCUGGGGGGGGCCCUGCGGUGGUGAGCUGUGUGCCAGGCCCUCUCUACGCGGCGUCCAGUGGCCAGAAGAAGCAACAACAGUCGAAGCCUCAGGGGGAGGCCCGUGUACGUCUAAAGGGUGGGGCCCACCCUGGAGAGGGCCGGGUGGAAGUCCUGAAGGCUGGCACGUGGGGCACAGUCUGUGACCGCAAGUGGGACCUGCAGGCAGCCAGCGUGGUGUGUCGGGAGCUGGGCUUCGGGAGUGCUCGAGAAGCUCUGAGUGGUGCUCGCAUGGGGCAGGGCAUGGGUGCCAUCCACUUGAGUGAAGUUCGAUGCUCUGGACAAGAGCCCUCCCUCUGGAAGUGCCCUCACAAAAACAUCACAGCUGAUGACUGUUCCCAUAGCCAGGAUGCUGCAGUCCGAUGCCACCUACCCUACAUUGGGGUGGAGGCCAAGAUCCGACUCAGUGGGGGCCGCAGCCGACAUGAGGGGCGAGUUGAGGUGCAAGUAGGGGGACCUGGGUCCCUUCGCUGGGGUCUCAUCUGUGGAGAUGACUGGGGAACACUGGAGGCCAUGGUGGCCUGUAGGCAACUUGGUCUGGGCUAUGCCAACCACGGCUUGCAGGAGACAUGGUACUGGGACUCCGGAAAUAUAACAGAGGUGGUGAUGAGUGGAGUGCGCUGCACAGGGACUGAGCUGUCCCUGGACCAGUGCGCCCAUCAUGGUACCCACAUCACCUGCAAGAGGGCAGAGACCCGCUUCACUGCUGGAGUCAUCUGUUCUGAGACCGCAUCAGAUCUGCUGCUGCACUCGGCACUGGUGCAGGAGACCGCCUAUAUCGAGGACCGGCCCCUGCACAUGUUGUACUGUGCUGCAGAAGAGAACUGCCUGGCCAGCUCGGCCCGCUCAGCCAAUUGGCCCUAUGGCCACCGGCGUCUGCUCCGAUUCUCCUCCCAGAUCCACAACCUGGGACGAGCUGACUUCAGGCCCAAGGCUGGGCGCCACUCCUGGGUGUGGCAUGAGUGCCAUGGGCACUACCACAGUAUGGACAUAUUCACUCACUACGAUAUCCUGACCCCGAAUGGCACCAAGGUGGCUGAGGGCCACAAAGCUAGUUUCUGUCUAGAAGACACUGAGUGUCAGGAGGAUGUUUCCAAGAGGUACGAGUGUGCCAACUUUGGAGAGCAGGGCAUCACCGUGGGUUGUUGGGAUCUCUACCGGCAUGACAUCGACUGUCAAUGGAUUGACAUCACAGAUGUGAAGCCAGGAAACUACAUUCUCCAGGUGGUCAUCAACCCAAAUUUUGAAGUAGCAGAGAGUGACUUCACCAACAAUGCAAUGAAAUGUAACUGCAAAUAUGAUGGACAUCGCAUCUGGGUGCACAACUGCCACAUUGGUGAUGCCUUCAGUGAAGAGGCCAACAGGAGGUUUGAGCGCUACCCUGGCCAAACCAGCAACCAGAUCAUCUAAAGUGCCACCACCCUCAUCUGCAAACCACCACCAGCCCCUAAUGGCAGGGGUCUGAGGCUGCCAUUACCUCAGGAGCUUACCACAGAAUCCCUGACGUCAGCAGGCCCACUGCACUCAUCCAGCUGUGCACUAUGGAUGUGAAACUGUCAUGCAGAAGAUAUCACCCUUCUUCAUAGGCCAGCUGUCAGUUUCUGCGGCCAAGCAUAGGGAGUCUUUGCUCCCAGGCCCAGCACCGAGCAGAGCAAACCACAAAGAGCAACACCUGACUAACUGCCCAGGACAACAAACGGCAGUAGUUCGUUUUCUUCAAUAGGGAGGUCUGGAUGGUCAGCUCCAGUACCUCUCCUAAGUUCAGGGGGAUACAGCUUUACCUCUAGCCUUUGGUGGGAGAAAAGAUCCAGCCCCCCUUCAUUUUUUGACUAUAACAUGUUGCUAGGUAUAAUUUUAUUUUAUAUAAAAAGUGUUUCUGCGAUUCUUCAGA